CCGGCGGGCCCGGGCUGGGAGCGGUGUGGCGGACGCGCCUGCGCCCUGAGCCGAGCGGUGCAUGCCGGGCACCCCCUUCCCGCCGUGACGCUGCAGAUAGCAGGCCGGUACCGCCACCGCCGUCCCCCUCCUUUCCCCCCUCAGCGCGGGCCCCGCCGCCGCCCGGCGAGGAUGGUGGGCGUGAAGGUGAUCGCGAACGACACCGAGUUCCAGCCUGAGCUCAGCGCUGCCGGUUCCCGCCUGGCCGUGGUGAAGUUCACCAUGCGGGGAUGUGGCCCUUGCUUAAGGAUAGCCCCAGCUUUCAAUGCUCUGAGUAACAAAUAUCCCCAGGCAACUUUUUUGGAAGUAGAUGUGCAUCAAUGCCAGGGAACAGCUGCUACCAAUAAUAUAUCAGCAACGCCGACAUUUCUGUUUUUCCGAAACAAAGUGCGAAUCGACCAAUAUCAAGGAGCAGAUGCUGUAGGUUUAGAAGAAAAAAUUAAACAGCACCUGGAGAAUGAUCCUGGAAACAGUGAAGAUACAGAUAUCCCAAAAGGAUAUAUGGAUUUAAUGCCAUUUAUCAAUAAAGCCGGCUGUGAAUGUCUUAAUGAGAGUGAUGAGCAUGGAUUUGAUAAUUGUUUACGUAAAGACUCUACCUACUUGGAAUCAGACUGUGACGAGCAGCUGCUUAUUACUGUAGCUUUUAGUCAACCUGUCAAGCUUUAUUCUAUGAAACUUCAGGGGCCAGAUAAUGGGCAAGGUCCAAAGUACAUAAAAAUCUUUAUCAACCUUCCUCGAUCUAUGGAUUUUGAAGAAGCAGAAAGAAGUGAACCAACUCAAGCCCUGGAACUGACACCAGAUGAUAUUAAAGAAGAUGGUAUUAUCCAGCUUCGCUAUGUAAAAUUUCAGAACGUUAACAGUGUAACUUUGUUUGUCCAAUCCAAUCAUGGUGAUGAAGAGACAACAAGAAUUACAUACUUCACGUUUAUUGGAACUCCAGUCCAAGCGACAAAUAUGAAUGACUUCAAGCGACUUAACUUCCCAUUUCUAAAGAACUAAAAAGGCAGAAGAAAUUAAAAAGUAAUAAUAAGAUUGAAGUGGUCUUGCACUACUCCCUUCCUUGCUCCCUCUGCUCAUCUAGCAUCUCUUUCACCCUUUCCACAAUCUCAGCACUGAUACAAGAGCUGCCUUCUCUGCACCUUCUACCAUCAGGAAAAGCCUUCUCUACCUUCUGACUCAUCAACUCAUCUUUCCCCUCCACUCCCUGCUCCAAAUCUUACCUCAAACACUUCUCUUUACCUUUCAGUCUUACCAAAUUUCUGUCCCACUGUUAUCCUGAACUUGACAUUCUAAAGGCAUACCAUACAGUACUUUUACAAAUAAUUUUCUGUAACUAAUUUUUCAGCCUGUAUUGAAUUUUGUAAAGCUGUUUGAGAUGCAGCUUGUGAAAUGCUCUAUCAAGACUUGACUUUUUUUUAGUGUCUUAGUGUUUUUCUUUGUUGUGACCCUUCCAUAAGUAGUAGGCAAGCCAGAAUGGGCUGCAAAGUACUACUCUUUAUUGUCCCUCUGGUGGCACUGGGCACCUGCUCAGGGAAGACACAGUGAAGAGUUGGUGAGUGUUUGUACAUAUGUGGCCUGAUUAGGGGUCUCCAACAGCAUCCUACUAAUUUUACUUGCUCGACCUCUUUAUAUAUAUUUAAAACAAACAAAACCAACUCUGCUCCAGAAGGUUCAGUAAUAAAGUGUUUUCAGUCCUUCUCUUGGUAAUGAACCAUAGAGUUGGUUGUGUUUUUGUCACUGUCAGGCUCUGGACUGAUGCUUGGGAAAAAGCCAAACAAUUGAAGAAAAGCUGGCUCCAAAACCGACAUCUUUUGUGCAGGAAUUACAGGCUGUAACCACUACCUUAGAAUGCACUAGAUGGCAGUUUUUUCUGUAAAAGGAAGGAAAAUGGAUCUACUUCUGAGAAAGGAAUAAUGACAAUCGUUUGGUUUAAAUAGCCCAUUUCCUCUUGGGAAGGUGGAGUGGGAUGGUCAGAAAAUGGGGUUUUGACCUGUGAUGACAAAAUAUC